AUGGCUGCUUGUAUUUUCUAUGUGGUCACAACCAAAACCUUCUACUAUUGCUUUCUCGAAGCAGGGUUUAGUCUGAUCGCUGCAAAUCUCCCUACCAUUCGAUUCAAAUCUAAAAAUGGCUACAAACCUGAGUCCUUACUCCACAGUACCCGUAGCAUCUUAUGGCUACGAUCAGAGAAGUCAACCAACUCGCAGCCCAAAAAUGUGAAAGUAGCGACAGCCGUGUUGGAUAAUGACCAGAACAUGAACGGUAACAUUACGAUCGCCCACACCAAUGCAAUCCGGCGUUCAAAAUUUCAUGACUUGACUCCACCCCAGCCAGGGAGACUACACAUAUGGGAGGAAAUGAUGCAAUCAAGACCGAUGUCGACCAGACAACCUAUAGAAAACAAUGCCCCCUUGUGA